CUCGCGUCCCGGCUGAAGAAGCAGAAGUGACGGCCGCAGUGACGCACCGGUUGCUAGGGCUGCAGAUUAUGUUGCACACAUCCGGGGUGGCCGCGGCUCGUGCGCUCGCCUGUGUUUGUAACGCAGUUCUCUCCACAGGCGCGGAGUAACGCGCGCGGCGAUGUGAGUGAUCAUGGCCGAUGACAGCGAGUGGGUGCUGGAGAGCAUCGCGGGAUACCUGAGCAGCCCAGACUGGCUCAUCCCGCUGGCAGACUUCACGGAGAACAAAUGCUCAGUGUUUGAUGAUGAGGAUGAGAAUAAGCUGACGUACACGGACAUCCAUCAGCAGUACAAGCAGCUGGUGGAGCGGCUGCUGCAGAACCACAUGCAGGAGGUGGGCAUCAGUGAGCAGCAGUUUCUGCACGCCUGCUCCUCUUUCAGCAAGACUAAGACUCUACAGGCUGUUUUCCAGCCAGUUGUCGCUACAGAUGAUUUUCAGAUGUUUCGCUCUCUGAUGGUCCAGAAGAACAUGGAGCUUCAGCUGCAGGCUCUGCAUGUCAUCAAAGAGAGAAACGGAGGGCUGCCCGAGUGUCUGACAGACGGCGUGGACGUCGUGAGUGAACUCGAGCAGCGGGAAAUGAAGAUUCUUCAGGAGGUUCUCAAAAGGAGGACCAACGGCACGACAGACGCUAAAGAGCUGAAGCUAAAGGAGUCUGAGUCUGCAGCCGUCAGGAGUUCAGCUGCAGCCACACCGUCAUGUGAGUGUGAAAUAUCUGUUGAAGAGAAGAAGAAAUUGCAGAAAAGAAAACAUCUGGCAGAGAAGCUCAAAGAAGAAGUCAUCAAGAAAUGAAGUCGUCUCUGUGAUCGUAGAGCGGGAAACAGAGUUUUACUGUGGCUAAACACAGAAAAGAAAGACAUGGAUGAAUACAAUUUUGUAUAUUGUUUAAUUAAUAUUUUUUUAUGUACCUGUAGGUCUGCCAAACACAGAUUAGUCGGUGAUCUCACGUUACUUUAUAUAAACUCCAACAGCUGUGGCGCUGAGAGAUGAUAGUCAUCAGACGUGUCUGUAGCACCAGUGAAUUACACAGGUCAGAGGCGAUGGACUUGUGUCAGACAUGUUGACCUCCAUGUUUGUGUGCCCAAAUCUCUUUGCAUGAUCAGUUUAUUGACACAGUGAAUGCAGUGUUUGUACAUCCGUCUGUCUGUCUGUUUGUUUCUGCAACAUGUUAAAAUCUUUACUUACUGAAUUAUUGUUAUGCAUUAUGGGGACACUCACAUACUAUACAUAUACUCAUAUAUAUAUAUAUGCUCAUGUUUUACUAUGUCAUUUCAUGAAGUGUGCACAGAUGUUUGAUGAAAUUACCAAAUAAAGGAUCAUUUGUAAUCAUUAGAAA